GUGCGGGGCGGCCUCCGCCCACGAGGUGCGGCCCCGAGGCCAUCUUUGUGCGGGGCUGCGCUUCUGCCGGCGCCGCCGUGGGGACUCCGCAGUGGGUGGACUGGCCAUGGAGCGGUGGGCUCUCUUGCAGCUUCGGCUGGGGCUGCUGUUGCUGCUUCUGCCCCCCGUGCCGGGCCGCCAGAAGGAGUCAGGUUCAAAAUGGAAAGUAUUUAUUGACCAAAUUAACAGGUCUUUGGAGAAUUAUGAACCAUGUUCAAGUCAAAACUGCAGCUGCUACCAUGGUGUCAUAGAAGAGGAUCUGACUCCUUUCCGAGCAGGUAUCUCCAGGAAGAUGAUGGCGGAGGUAGUCAAACGGAAACUAGGGACCCACUAUCAGAUCAUUAAGAACAGAUUAUACCGAGAAAAUGACUGCAUGUUCCCUUCAAGGUGUAGUGGUGUUGAACACUUUAUUUUGGAAGUUAUCGGGCGCCUCCCUGACAUGGAGAUGGUGAUCAACGUACGAGAUUAUCCUCAGGUUCCUAAGUGGAUGGAGCCUGCCAUUCCAGUCUUCUCCUUCAGUAAGACAUCCGAGUACCAUGAUAUCAUGUAUCCUGCUUGGACAUUUUGGGAAGGGGGACCCGCUGUUUGGCCAAUUUAUCCUACGGGUCUUGGACGGUGGGACCUCUUCAGAGAAGAUCUGGCAAGGUCAGCAGCACAGUGGCCAUGGAAAAAGAAAAAUUCCACAGCAUAUUUCCGAGGUUCAAGGACAAGUCCAGAACGAGAUCCUCUCAUUCUUCUAUCUCGAAAAAAUCCAAAACUGGUUGAUGCAGAAUACACCAAAAACCAGGCCUGGAAAUCUAUGAAAGACACCUUGGGAAAGCCAGCCGCUCAGGACGUGCAUCUUGUGGAUCACUGCAAAUACAAGUAUCUCUUUAAUUUCCGGGGUGUAGCUGCAAGUUUCCGGUUCAAACACCUCUUCCUGUGUGGUUCACUUGUUUUCCAUGUUGGUGAUGAGUGGCUGGAAUUCUUCUAUCCCCAACUGAAGCCAUGGGUUCACUAUAUCCCAGUCAAAACAGACCUCUCCAACGUCCAGGAGCUAUUGCAGUUUGUAAAAGCAAAUGAUGACAUAGCUCGAGAAAUUGCUGAAAGGGGAAGCCAGUUUAUUAUGAACCACUUGCAGAUGGAUGACGUCACCUGUUACUGGGAGAACCUUUUGACUGAAUACUCUAAAUUCCUCUCCUAUAAUGUAACAAGAAGGAAAGACUAUGAUCAGAUUAUUCCCAAAGUUUUGAAAACUGAACUCUAGUAGUCAUCAUCGGACCUUAGUCCUCUUGAUGGCAGCAAAGCUCAGAUAUCCUGCGGUGAGCAGCUUAUCAUGAGUGUGGCACCUAUACUUUGAAUACUGUUAUCAAGCCAAAUAUCUGGUUUUCCUUAUCAUGCUGCACCCAGAGCAACUCUCAAGAAAGAUCCAAACUGUCUAUAAUACAGAUAUGAAGCAGCUCAACGCUUUGGCUGAAUAAGGGCCAGAAAUCAUGAGAUACGGGUUUUGAACCUGAUUCUACUUUUCAUUUCUUAGGACCAAUCACAGCUUGUGCCUCAGAUCAUCAUCCACAUGUACAUGUCCAUCACUGUGAAACUGACUGUGUCCACAGGAUGAUGCCCUUUGUCCCAUUACAUGGAGCAGAAAAUCAAUCAUUUGGACGAUUACAGCUCAUCACCGCAACUCUGCAGUUAUUCUAGGCUUGAUCUCUGUCACUGUGUUUUAAUGUAAGAAGCCCUCUAGGGUUUCUGAAAAAUGCCCGGGAUCAUUUCCUAAAAGGUGUAAGGAAGCAGUAGUUGUGCUAUGCAGUGAUGAAGGGAUUCUCUUUUGUAAAAGCAUAAACUCUUUAGUACUCAGGAGGUUUCUAUAAUGCCACAUAGAAAGGGGCCAAUUGCAUGAGUAAUUAUUGCAAUUGGAUUUCAAAUUCCCUUUUUGUGCCUUCACACCCUUCUUUUAUUGUCUCUCUCUCUCAAAAAAAAGAGACAAAAACCUCUUAAUAAAUUUAGGAAGUAGUCCUACUCUUUAAAGGAACUGUGCACAAAACAGCAAUUCUUCCUUACCCUUUGCACACCCUUAAUAUUUUCCCUCCUUACGCUGGCAGCAUCCACACUCUCAGUGUUCUGCAGGAAUCUCAAGGAGUCUUCAUAUAUGAAAUGCUGUUAAGUUGGGAGUUUAGAGCAUUCGACUUUAGCACUUACUUACAUAGGAACUAAUUAUUUUAGUGUGAAUCUGUAUUGGAAUGUCUCUUUUUCCCUUUUUUACCUUUUGAAAAAGACACUUGGAUAGUAGGUUAGCCCCUCAGGAUGCUCUCCCUAACAUAGUCAAAAAUGAAGAAAAAUUUGUAGAUUAAAAUCCAUGUAGUCUGAGGACUCAGAACCAUCCUUGUCCCUUAGGCCCAACCUUUCCACAGAGAAAUCAAUUCUUUCCUUUGCCUCUUAAGAACUGUUUUGUAUUAACUGGUUUCAAAACUAGUAAAUGUGAGAUGCAGUCACAUCAAAUCAGGGAUUUUAUUCCAUUUGUGAGAAAGAUACUUGUCCUUUUAAACUCCCUUCCACAAAAUUUCAAGCCUAAGGACCUUCUUAGAGGAGCUGGAUAUUCCUGGUAAGAUCAUUGCAUGGAAUAAGGCAGAUGUUUAAAGUUGGAUUUUUUGUUUUUGAGUAUUAAAAAUUCAGGGGGACCGUGUCCUCAGGUGCUAUGAGUCUGGCGAUAAGCAGUCCAGGUUUCUGUGUUGUACUGUGGUUUGGCCUUGUCAAUAUGAGGCCCUAGUAGAUGUUGUCAUUCUCUCUGUAUGUUAAUUUUCCUCUCACUAAACUAGGAGUAAAAUUUGCUGUCCUUUGGAUUAGGAGCUGAAGCUGCAUUUCCCUGGAAAUGUUUCCUAUUUUGCUUCAAGUUUUGGCUCAAGCAUCAUCUUCUCUCUGAAUCCUUUUUUUUCAUUCCUCGAGGCAGUUAGGGGCUAUCAUAAUAUUUGGCUCAUGCUUGUAUUAUAUGAUGUCGCAUUGCACUGCAGUUACUUGACUGUUUCUCCUCCUGUUCUGUGAGCUUCUUGAUGGGUGGGAAUCAUGAUUUAGUCAUCUCGAUGACUCCAUUAUCCAGCACAGUGCCUCACACAGAGUAGAUACUAAAGAAUUGUUGGAAGGAUGGAUGGAUGGAUGGAUGGAUGGAUGGAUGGAGACAGACAAUUGGUUUAACUAGAUCCUGUUAACAGAUUGCCCAGCCGUUGGCUCCAAGGAAGACUGGACAAGACCGUAAGAAUUGGAUCAAUGCAAAUUCUCACCUGCCCUUUGAAGAGUCAAUAAGGGCACUUUUGUAUUUAAAUACAGCAAAUAUUAUUCAGAUUUUAUACGUAUUUGUUUAAUUCAGUGUAGAUGGUAUGAGGAUGGUGUGUAACUACAUGUAAAAUGUAUGUUUUUGAAAAUAAUUUUUACCCCCAUAACUUUUGGAGGUGGUUGUUACAUGUUGUUGUUAACACUAGCUGGGUCCCAAACUUACCCUUUCUUCCUCAGAGAACUAAAGGCUACACUUUUCUUCAAGGAAAGAGAAUUAUUUUUCUUAUCUGAAUGGAGUGGGAUACAUGGAUAACACGAGGAAUGCUUUUCCUUUCUUUA